GCCAAUUGCUUCUAGAUACCUAUGUCCGAAAUGAGUUCCAGCUAGUUUCACGGUGGUAGGUUAUGUGCUGCCUAUUUAGUGGUGUUUCUGAGUUCAUCGUUAGACAUCAUGAAUCCGUGUCCAGAGAGGAGAGUGAGGAGUCUGCUGAGGAGUGGAGAGAGGAGAGUGAGAGCACCUUGGACAUCCUGUCCAGUGAACCGUCCUCACCAACUCCCCCAGGGACACCCACUGGCCAGCAAUCCCCAGAUGAUGAGCUUCCCAGUUCCCCAGAGCUUAAAUCCUCACCUGUAGAACUGGAGGACAGUAGCUCCGCUUCAGAGCCAGAACACGGGAAGUCUUCACGUGAGCAUGUGCUUAGUCAGCAGCAGAGUGUCCUCCAUCAGCCACCUACAGAGUCUCCUGCAGCGUCACCUCCACCCGAGACAGCCAAGCCUCCAGCCAAGAGGAGGAGAGCCAAGGCCGACGGAGAGGCUAAAAACCAGAAGCGGCCGGCGAAACGGAGAGGUGCCUCCACUCCACCGCAGACCCCUCUGCCCCUGUGGCUUGUUAGCCUGAUGCAUAACAUUGAGGAGGCCACCCACCAUGAACUGCUGAUAGAAUAGGUUUGGUGGAAGAUUGAGGGAGAGAUUUCACAGGUUUCAAGUUUCACAGAUUAAGCUCAUUCUUUUUUUGAUAUACCCAUACUAUGUAUUGUCAACCUUUUUGUAAAGGUCAGCCUUUUGUUAUUAUUAUUUAUACUGCGUGUAAAGAUUUGUUGGUGUGGCUGUCACCUGUAAGAACUACACAAAACAAUGGGUAGCCUAAUGCCUGUAAGCAUGUGAACAUUCUGUUUUGAGCAGUGUGUUAGAUCUCAUUCAUUACACUGUACCUUACCUGGUACUCUUUCUGUUGAGUAGUACAUGUUUUUGAAGUAUUAUGUUAUUAUAGGAGCCAUGCACAGGCUAAA